GACUCCCCCCACCAUGUCUCUGCAGCGUGAGUGCAUCUCCAUCCAUGUGGGCCAAGCGGGCGUGCAGAUUGGCAACGCCUGCUGGGAGCUGUACUGCCUGGAGCACGGCAUCCAGCCCGAUGGGCAGAUGCCCAGCGACAAGACCAUCGGCGGGGGGGACGACUCCUUCAACACCUUCUUCAGCGAGACAGGGGCCGGCAAGCAUGUGCCCCGGGCUGUCUUUGUGGACCUGGAGCCCACGGUGAUCGAUGAGGUGCGCACAGGGACAUACCGGCAGCUCUUCCACCCCGAGCAGCUGAUCACGGGCAAGGAGGAUGCGGCCAACAACUACGCCCGUGGGCACUACACCAUUGGGAAAGAGAUCAUCGACCUGGUCCUCGACCGCAUCCGCAAGCUGGCUGACCAGUGCACAGGGCUGCAAGGCUUCCUGGUCUUCCACAGCUUUGGAGGUGGCACCGGCUCCGGCUUCACCUCCCUGCUCAUGGAGCGCCUCUCCGUUGACUAUGGCAAGAAGUCCAAGCUGGAGUUCUCCAUCUACCCAGCUCCACAGGUCUCCACAGCUGUGGUGGAGCCCUACAACUCCAUCCUCACCACCCACACCACCCUGGAGCACUCGGACUGCUCCUUCAUGGUGGACAACGAGGCCAUCUAUGACAUCUGCAACCGCAACCUGGACAUCGAGCGUCCCACCUACACCAACCUCAACAGGCUGAUUGGGCAGAUCGUCUCAUCGGUCACUGCCUCCUUGAGAUUUAACGGUGCUUUGAAUGUUGACCUGAUUGAAUUCCAGACCAACCUGGUACCGUACCCACGGAUACACUUCCCGCUCACCACCUAUGCACCCAUCAUCUCGGCAGAGAAAGCCUACCACGAGCAGCUGUCGGUGCCGGAGAUCACCAACGCUUGCUUUGAGUUCUCCAACCAGAUGGUGAAAUGUGACCCACGCCGGGGCAAGUACAUGGCGUGCUGCCUGCUGUACCGGGGCGAUGUGGUGCCCAAGGAUGUGAACGCAGCCAUUGCAGCCAUUAAAACACGCCGGUCGAUCCAGUUUGUGGACUGGUGCCCCACGGGCUUCAAGGUGGGCAUCAACUACCAGCCGCCCACGGUGGUGCCCGGGGGGGACCUGGCCAAGGUGCAGCGUGCCGUGUGCAUGCUGAGCAACACCACGGCCAUUGCCGAGGCCUGGGCCCGCCUGGACCACAAGUUUGACCUGAUGUAUGCCAAGCGGGCAUUUGUGCACUGGUAUGUGGGGGAGGGCAUGGAGGAGGGGGAGUUCUCAGAGGCCCGGGAGGACAUGGCCGCCCUGGAGAAGGAUUAUGAGGAGGUGGGGGUGGAUUCAGUGGAAGGGGAGGGAGAGGAGGAAGGGGAGGAGUACUAAAUGCUGAGUUCCUUCUGUUGCUGUAGCAUGUCCACAAAAUAUCUGCUUCAAACACUUCAGCUUUCUUGUGCGCUGGGUGGGGUUCAGCCCUCUGGGCCCAGCUGGAGGGACACGCUGCUCUGGCCGGGCUCGUGCUCUCUCCGAUGUGAUCUUGUCGGUUUUCCAUGUGUCUGUAAUAUGUCUGUGAAUAAAAGGCUUUAAGAGAAGCUGCUGCUGUGUC